AUGACCGUUAUCGAAGGAAACGUUAGACCGACUCUGUUGCGACCGCCAGAGCAUGAUGAAAAUAAGUCUUUGAUUGAAAACGUCUUGGACGUUACAGAGCUCAAAGUUCUAGGAACGGAUAUCUUUACAAAUACACAUCCUCAAUGGCGCCCCCCUGGAGCCCGGGGUAUCUAUGGCGGUGCCGUCAUCGCCCAAUGCCUUGCCGCUGCGCAAAAGACAGUCCCAGAGACAUUCUUGGUGCACUCCCUUCACUGUUAUUUUCUCCUUGCUGGCUCUUCCGAGACCCCCAUCCUCUACCACGUUGAGCGGGUACGCGAUGGUCGCUCAUAUGCGACACGCACGGUCCAGGCACGACAGAAGGGCGCAUGCAUCUUUACCACCACUAUCAGCUUUGUGCGCCAGGUUAGUCCAGACAAGAAGCAGCGCGAGGUGAGCCAUGCGGCGACCCUUCCCGAGAACGUAAGUGCACCCGCGGAUGAUUGGGACGGUGAGCCAGAGUGGGCAAGGACUGGACCCUUUCAGAGUCACAGAAUUGAGGUGCUGGGCUCCGAUGACCCUGAAGUCAAGCCACAGGACCGCAAGAGCAGACAGUGGAUGCGAUCGCGACAAAAGAUCUCAGCUGCAGGCGGCCACCAAGCACAUCUAAAUGCUCUCGCCUACAUGUCGGAUAGCUACUUUAUCGGCACCGUCUCCCGCCUCCAUGGCCUAUGGCGCUUCCCCUUCUCUCCCGAAGAGGUCCCCUCACUAGAUGAAAAGACGCAGGAAAAGGUCAAAGAGAUGUGCGAGUUUGAAGGCAUGGGCUCCAACGUUGAGGACUGGAAGAAGAGGGAUCACGUCGGUAUGAUGGUGAGUCUGGACCACAGCAUCUACUUUCACGAGCCGACGGCGGUCAAGGCGGAUGAGUGGAUGUUUACAGAGACGGAGAGUCCGUGGGCGGGAGAUGGCAGGGGCGUUGUGACGCAGAAGAUCUUUGGCAAGGAUGGAGCCUUGCUAGCGACGUGUUUCCAAGAGGGCGUUGUCCGACUUAAGAAAGAUGGUGGAGAGAAAGCUGCAAAGCUGUAG